GCGAUGCCGUUGGCGAUGGCCAGCCCCGCGGAUGGACCUAUAAUUAUAUAAUUAUAUUUGCAUUCAAGUCGUGUGAAAGCGUACUUUGUGGCCUUGAAAGUCGCCCCCCUCUUUACCGAAAAAAGACUUGAGCGGGGGGUGGGCCGUCCACGACCAAGAGUGUGCCACCUGGCGGGUCGAGGUCGAGGUUGAGGUCUCGGUCGCGGUCGAGGUCGAGGUCGAGGUCGCGACCUUACCAAACAGGCGCGGAGCGGUCUCGGAUUGUCACAAUGUCACGUGUGUCGAGGUUCACCGUGGGAUGUGCGCGAGCGAUCGCCAGGUCAGCGCGUGCUGACGUGGCAGCCACGUCGUCUCGCGCGGGUGUCAUCGGUUUCGCCUGUGAGUCUCCACGUGUCUGGGAUUGCGUGGCGCGCAGUGCAAGAGAAAUGCAGCUGGGGUGGUUCCCUAGGAGCGUCUUCACCGCGUCUGACCACACUUCCAAGUGGAUGCCGGUGGCGUUUGUGUUCGGCUGUUUUUUCUUUUCUCGUUGCACCAACAUCUUGAUUGCAUGUGGACAUCAUCUUUGUCCAGAUGCAUUCAAAUUCUUGGCGGAUGGCAAAGAUCCAGCACUAGGGCAUCCAGUGGAGUAUAUCAACCUGGACUCAGCUGAGCCUGCAGUUUGCAAGUACUGCGGCCUCAGAUAUGUGCAGAAAGAUCACCAUUGAAUGGAAAUUUCAAAUUUGACAUUUGCAAUGGGCGCGCAUUACACACUUCUUCACAUCGCCUCCCUUGCUGUGGUUGUAGCAAGUGCUGGACUACUUCAGGGUUUUGGUUUUUCCUCCUUCUUCUUUCUUUUUUUUUUACAAAAUCAUGGCUCCAGUCUAUUCUUGGGGAGCUGCACAUGUUGGGAACCGGGCCGCUUUGAUUUUCCCGCUCAUCAGAUUCAUUAUCUUACUGAAAUUUCCAAUUGUUUGUAGUUUAUAUGUGUUGGAAUAUCUCUUUGUUGGAAGUUUGUCCGUGUGGUCUAAAGCUUAUGCCAGCUGGUGGUGAAUAAACUCCGACGAAACAGUUAUGUUUGUUUGCGCUUGGCACCAUACUCCCAUCUGGGAUCACACAUAUCCCUCGUCCAUUCUCCCCCUUUCAUUCCCCAUCUGCCAGCAAGUGGGAAAUCAUCAGAUUAUUGCUUCAUGUUUUUUUGGGGGGGAAACCAUGGGGAGUCACAAAAAUGAGUUAUGAUUGCACUAUGGGCCAAGAUACAGUUUCAAAUUCCAGUUUGGGCAAUGUAUACAAUCCAGCUUUCUGACUCCACAUUUCCUCAACAGGAUGACCGAUCCUGCUGCCUGGUAAAUCUCGAUCCAAUAAAGAAGCAAAAGGACG